CCUCGGUAGGCGGCGCCCCUUGCCAGGCGGGCGAAGAAGGCCGCGCGCAUCGAUUCCGCCGCUGGUCGAGGGAGGAGGAAGCAGCAGCAGAGAAAAUGGCCGCCGUGGCUGCGACUGCGGCGGUGCCGGGUGACGGGGGAGCCGGCGAGGCCGAGCCCAUCCCGGGCACCGAGGCCGGCGCAGACGCGCUCCCUGCCGGCACGCCCGCCGCGGUGGAGUCCGCCGUGCUCGACGUGAGGGAGGAGCCGGAGCCGGCCCCGGGGGGCGAGGCCGAGGAGCCGCCGCCGCCGCCCACGCGAGACCCGCCGCAGGCCCAGCCCGGCCCGGAGCCCCAGCCCUUCUCCCAGCUCCGCGAGGCGCCGCCGCCCGCCGCUGGGGACGAGGAGGAGGAGGAGCAGCCGGACGCCGCAGCCGGGGCGAAGCCGGACGAGGAGGAGGAGGAGGAGGAGGAGAAGGAGGCCGAGGCGCUGCUGCUGCCGGGCUCGGAGGUGCGGGUCACCCUGGACCACAUCAUCGAGGACGCGCUCGUGGUGUCCUUCCGCUUCGGGGAGAAGCUCUUCUCCGGCGUCCUCAUGGACCUCUCCAAAAGGUUUGGACCCCAUGGAAUCCCUGUGACCAUCUUUCCUAAGAGGGAGUAUAAGGAUAAACCUGAGAUGAUGCAGCUCCAAAGUAAAUCAUUCCAAGAUGAGACACAGGUGAAGUGUGAAGCCAAUGGUGUAGUCAUGGACUCUUCUCCCAUCCAGCCAUCAGAACCUAACCUGGCUAAAAACCUGUGGACUUCCAAACCACCUCCCCUUUUCCAUGAGGGAGCGCCCUAUCCUCCUCCUUUGUUUAUCAGGGACACAUAUAACCAGUCAAUACCUCAGCCUCCGCCUCGGAAAAUUAAACGGCCCAAGCGGAAAAUGUACAGGGAGGAACCCACGUCAAUUAUGAAUGCUAUCAAACUACGACCGAGACAGGUCUUGUGUGACAAAUGUAAGAACAGUAUUGUUGCAGAAAAAAAAGAAAUUAAAAAGACCAGCAAUGCCAGUGACUCCUCAAAAUAUGAGGAUAGUAGAAAGCGAAGAAAUGAGAGUGUAACUACUGUGAAUAAAAAAUUUAAAACUGAUCAUAAAGUUGAUGGUAAAAGCCAAAAUGAAAGCCAGAAAAGGAAUUCUGUGGUCAAAGUUGCAAAUAUUGCCCACAGCAGAAGCAAAGUAGUCAAAGUUUCCACUCAAGCAAAUACGUCAAAAACACAAUUAAAUACUAAGAAAGUUCUCCAGAGCAAAAACAUGGAUCAUGCAAAAGCUCGGGAAGUUUUGAAAAUAGCCAAAGAGAAGGCACAAAAGAAACAGAGUGCAACCUCCGCUUCCAAAAAUGCACAUUCAAAGGUCCAUUUCACAAGGCGUCUUCAGAACACCAGCUCAGGUUCCCUGCCCCCACGAUUGCGCCUAAAGCCACAAAGGUACCGAAAUGAAGAAAACGACUCUUCUCUCAAGACAGGGCUUGAGAAAUUGCGGAGUGGCAAGCCCCAGUCUCGCUGCUCCUCUACCCGCUCAGCAGGUGAGGCCCCUUCAGAAAAUCAGAGCCCCUCAGAAGGCCCUGAAGAGGCUAACAUUGAGGUUCAGGACACAAAUGAAGUGCAUGUACCUGUUGAUCAGGAUGAACAGCAGACACUGGGCAAGAGAGGCAGCAAAAGCAAUAUAACAGUUUACAUGACCCUUAAUAAAAAGAAAUCUGACUCUUCCAGUGCAUCAGUGUGUAGUAGUGAUAGCACAGAUGACUUGAAGUCCACCAACUCUGAGUGUAGUUCUACUGAAAGCUUUGAUUUUCCUCCAGGCAGCAUGCAUGCACCUUCUUCCUCCUCCUCGUCCUCUUCGAAGGAAGAGAAAAAGCUCAGUAAUUCCUUGAAAAUGAAAGUCUUUUCAAAAAAUGUCUCUAAAUGUGUUACACCAGAUGGCAGGACCAUAUGUGUAGGAGACAUUGUUUGGGCCAAGAUAUAUGGCUUCCCUUGGUGGCCAGCCCGUAUUCUUACCAUUACUGUGAGCCGGAAAGAUAAUGGCCUUUUAAUCCGACAGGAAGCACGUAUUUCAUGGUUUGGGUCCCCAACAACAUCUUUCCUUGCUCUUUCACAGCUCUCCCCUUUUUUAGAAAACUUUCAGUCGCGUUUUAACAAGAAGAGAAAAGGUCUUUACCGCAAGGCCAUUACAGAAGCAGCCAAAGCUGCUAAGCAGCUAACUCCUGAAGUCCGGGCCCUGCUGACACAGUUUGAAACAUGAACAUGAAAAGUCAGGUAGGCAAGAAACGUGGAGGCUCCGUGAAAUGUAUAGCCUAGGUUAAUGCCAUGAAGGACUUGGCCAAUUAAAACAAAAAACAAAAAAUUGCACUCAGUUGGCUGCUUUUUUGUACUGGAAGUUCCAUUUGUAGCAAUGUCUUGACUGAAAGUUAUACUUAACAAAUUGUACAUGCAAUCAAAUUAACAUAAAGUGAGAUCUCAGUAUUUUUCAAGAGGACUCUUUAAAAAAAAAUUUUUUUUUUUUUGUAAAAGUUUAAAAUUCCUCUGACCACCCAUGCCCAGGAGCCAUAACCUCAGCCGAAGAGCAGUUUAUUUGCAGGGAAUUUUUACUAGUUUCUACCCACUAUAUAUACCAUUUCAGGGUGGGUGGGUGGGGGGAGGUAAAUAAAAGAAAUGGAAGUUACAAACAUGACCCAAAUUCUCCACCUUAAAUGCAGAACCCUUGACCCUGUCUAAGCCUUUGAACUUUUAAUUUAAACAUUUUUACUAAAAAUUUAUUCUAAUAAGCUGAGCCUGCCAGUGUUGGUGGGCCCAAAGGCAUUCAGAACUAUACCCCAAACACUUUUAUUUUAUACAGUCCAUUUUUAAUCCUUUUAGAAACCAAUUUCACAUGAACUCUGUUAGAAACGUAGAUAGGUCUUAGUGGUCACUUCUUUCCAGACACUCAGUCUAUGCUAUGCACCCAGGGAUACUAGUAUGAACUUCAGGGUUUAGCAAGUUAAGAGAGAACCUGUUGCUUAUAGGCAGGUCUGAAAAGUCCCUCAGUAUUUGGGAUCAAGGGCUGUUAAUGCUGCAUAGGUGUGAAUCAGAACUUCCAAGGGUGGGGUGGGGUGGGGGCUUCCUAGGACAGUUGUCCUGAGGGGUUAGCUUGAGAGUUUUUGUGUUGUGUAAAUAAUUGGUCAGAUUUUUUUCCUGACUUGUUCUUAAAUUCUUAGGCUACGUCCUAGUAAAUUACACUUUGUGAACUGUCAGAUGUGUAUUUGGAUGUACCGAACUGCAUUUUUAAAAAUAUUUCCAUUUAAGGUAUCUGUUUGCAGGUCAGAAAAUAUGGAAAAUGUAAUUGUGUAAUGCUCUGAAAUGUACAAAAAUUGUAAAUAAAAUUGACUAAAUCUA